AUGCUCCCCGAAUCUAACCUCAAACACGGUGCACUGCUCGUGAUCCUGGCGCUGCUCGUAGCGCCGGGAAGUGGCAGCAGCAGCAGCAGCAGUGGCAGUUCCGAUUUCACCGGCCAGCGAACCUGCGAACCGAUCCGGAUCGAGCUGUGCCGCGGGAUCGGGUACAAUGAGACGUCCUUGCCGAACAUCGUCGGCCACGAGCUGCAGUCGGAUGCGAACUUUACGCUCCAGACGUUCUUCCCGCUGAUCCAGUUCGGGUGCAGCAAGCAGUUGAAGUUUUUCCUGUGCGCGACCUACGUGCCGAUGUGCACGCCCAAGGUGUCGAUGCCGAUCGGGCCCUGCCGCAGCCUGUGCAACACGGUGAAGAACCGCUGCCACCCGAUCCUGCAGGGCUUCGGGUUCCCGUGGCCCUCGGCGCUGGACUGCAACCGGUUCCCGGAGGAGAACAACCACGAGCACAUGUGCAUGCAGGGGCCCGGUGAACCGUCCGAGCUGGACGUGCUCGUGUCGGACCGGCCGGCCUGCCAGGGACUGCAGAAGUCGAACCUGUACGUGCAGCUGAACCGUUCCGGGCGCUGCGCGCCACUCUGCGACGCUGACAUCCUGUUCGAGCAGGACGAGAAACACUUUGCCGAGGUGUGGCUGACGUCGUGGAGUGUGGCCGCCCUCGGGACGGCCAUCGUCGCCACGCUCUGCCUGAUCCUGUCGACCAAGCGCUGGGACAAGAGCCUGAUGCCGCUCGUCAUCAGCCACUGCCUGGUGACGGUCGGGUGGGCCGUCCGGUGGCUGGCGGGCCGCAACGCCACAGCCUGCGGGUACGACCCCCAGCUGCCGGGCGUCGCCCUACUCCUGACCGACGGCCUUUCGACGGCACCGUGUGCGGCCACGUUCCUGCUUCGCUACUACUUCGGCCUGUCGGCAGCUGUCUGGUGGGCGAUCCUGUGUUUGCGUUGGAGUAAAUCCGUCCGCCGGCUGCUCGGCACGCCCGAGCUCGGCGGUCCGGACCCGCACGCCGAGAAGCCGGACGGGGCGCAUGACACCGUGUUCCAGCUGGCCGCCUGGGGCAUCCCGGCCCUGCUCACCGUCGUCGUCCUGGUGGCGCGGCUCGUCGAUGCGGACGAACUUUUCGGAUCCUGUUUCAUUGGAAACCAAUCCGACAAGGCGCUGCUAACGUUCGUGAUCGUGCCGCUGCUGACGAGCUGGGUCAUCGGGUCCGGCUACCUCUUCACCGCGUACCUCCGGAAGCGCUCGGCCGCCCUGUCGGCCGUCCACAACCUGCCGGUGCACAUCCACGGGAUGGGCAAGUUCCUGUUCAUCUACACCGUCCCGACGGCCGCCCUGCUCAUGCUGAUGUUCUACGAGUACGCGGCCCGCGAGAACUGGCUCCAGUUGCCGCACCCAUCGCUGGAACCGGCCCUCCCAUCGCGGGCCCCCCUCUGGCCGUUCCUGCUGCGUGCGUUCAUCGAGCUGCUCGUCGGAGUGCUGGCCUCGGCGUGGGCCGUCGGCCCGCGGAUCGUGGGCCUGUGCCGUGGGAGCACCGGGCGCAACGUGCCAACGAAACUGGCAGGACCGGCGGUCUACAAGCAACCACCACCGAAACUGAGCGCAUUCGCGGCUACCGCCCCAUCGACCUACUCGACCGCCUCCUACCAGACCGUGUGCCCCCAGAACUCGCUCGUUUCGGUGUCCAUCGGGAAGCUACCGCCCGUGCGCCACUCUGCGGCCCGCAAGUACCAGUCGCACUCGCACAUCAACCGGAAACCGCGCGGCUACAAGAUGUCCACGCAAACGAUCAGCCUCACCGGCCACGAGACGGUCCUGUGA